GUAUGUUACCUAUUUUGGUGCGUUCCCAAACCAAUGGGAACGGGAAAGUCUUCCCAUUUGACCAAUAUUCACUUCUUACUGAACUCUCUUACAGAGAACAAGCAAGCAAUGGCUAACCGAGGACCUUCUUUUGGCCUUAGCGCCCAAGUGGCUAACAAGUUGGCUGGAAAACGAGACCCCGAAUUAGAAGGUGACAUUUUGAGAUGGAUCGAGGCUAUCAUGGGACAAAAAUUACCUAAUGGACCCUAUGAAGAAAUCUUGCGAGAUGGUGUGAUUCUUUGCAAUUUAAUGAAUAAACUGAUGCCAGGAUGUAUUCAGAAAAUUAAUACUUCCGGUGGACAAUUCAAAAUGAUGGAAAACAUCAACCGUUUCCAAGAAGCAGCUAAAAAAUGGGGUGUUCCAGAAAUUGACGUCUUCCAAACAGUCGACUUAUGGGAAAGGAGAAAUAUUGGCCAAGUAACACAAUGCUUAAUGGCUUUAGGCAGAGCAUGUUAUACACGUCCAGAUUACAAUGGACCCUGCCUCGGUCCAAAACCAGCUGAAGAAAACAAGCGUCAAUUCACAGAAGAACAACUUCGAGCCAGUGAGGGUAUUAUCAAUCUUCAGUAUGGUACAAACAAAGGAGCCAACCAAAGUGGACAAAAUUUUGGCAAUACGCGACACAUGUAGAAUCUUUCAAGUGCUUGUUUCUCGGGGGAACAAAAUAUUUAGCUUGGCUUAUUUUUUGUGUCAAGAAAAUAAAUAUAUUUACAGAAA